UGCUGCGGCGUAAUUGUAUACAAUAUUCACAAUUUCCUUUUGAUAUCUCUGCAAUUCUGAUCCAGCAUUCUCUAUAUUCAUUAAUAAUAUCUACAAUCUGAAAUGGCGCAUAUUUUAUAAUCAAUUGAUAAAGAAAAAGUGAAGAAUGACUGAAUCUACAGAACUGGAAUCAUAUCGAAUCGAACCGCUACCCAGCGCAGCAUACUAUAUCCCGGAUUUCAUCUCCCCCCACGAAGAAAAGUUCCUUCUCGAGAAAAUCACAAACGUGCCCGAUUCAAGAUGGACCACCCUCUCCCACCGCAAACUACAGACCUAUCCCACCCAACUCCUCAAAGGCACCGUGCUGCCCACCGCCGACGCGCUCCCGACUUGGCUCGCUGUGCCUUGCGCUUCGCGGAUGAAAGAGCUCGGGAUAUGGGACAACAGUCCUCAUUUGACUGCCAAUCACUGUCUUGUUAAUUGCUACGAACCGGGACAGGGCAUCAUGCCGCACGAGGACGGAGAUGUGUAUUUUCCGAUGGUGGCUACGGUUAGUUUGCAGGAUGGUAUUGUCUUGGAUAUCUAUAGAAAGGAAUUAGGACCGGCGGGUGAACGUGUACUUGCCUACAGAAUAUACCAAGAACCCCGGAGUCUACUCAUCACGACAGAAAACAUGUACACCGACUUCCUCCACGGCAUCCAAGAACUCAAAAUCGACAAAGACCUCUCCCCUUCCACCAUCUCCAACUGGAAAAACCUCUCGUUCGAAACCCAGCAACGGAUUCUGAUGCAAAUCGGCCAGAACCAGCAGAAGCGGCGAGAGCAGGUCGUUGAGAGCGGGGAGCAGGAUAUGUGCGUUGGUGCGGAAUUGCCGCGAGAAAAGGAUAGGAUUAGCUUGACGUUUAGGGAUGUGAAGAAAGUUCGGAAUUUUGCUGCAUUUUUGCGGAAAUCGUGAUUGCAUAGCAGCAUCGCAUGUGGAGUAUCAUAGUAACCAAAUGACAUUAA